AUGCAUCUGGGCAAGGCGCUACUGUUCGUCCUCCUCCUCAACUGCGCGACUCUGAGCUCGCCGCUGUCCACUUGCGCCACCGUGGACAUCGACCAUGUGAAGAGGAAGAGGGUCGAGGCGAUACGGGGUCAGAUCCUGAGCAAACUCCGGCUGACGAGCCCCCCGCACUCCCUUGGACCGAGCAAGGUUCCCUAUCAGAUCCAGGCGUUAUAUAACAGCACGAAGGAGCUUCUGGAGCAGCUGGGCAGGGAUCGGAAGCAGAGCUGCGGCCAGGACAACACAGAGACGGAGUACAUCGCCAAAGAGAUACACAAAAUCACCAUGGUGUACGGGACGCAUGACAACAAUGAUCUGCCCUCCUGCUCUAAAGGCAUGACUUCUAAAAUUUUCCGCUUCAACGUCUCUGCCAUGGAGAGGAACGCGACCAACCUCUUCAGAGCAGAGUUUCGAGCCCUGAGGGUACCAAACCCCAGCGCCAAGAGGAACGAACAGCGGAUUGAGCUUUACCAGAUUAUUAGACUAAACGAGCACAUUAGGAAGCAGCGUUUCAUUGGAGCUAAAAAAGUCCAGACCAAAGGCUCUCCUGAGUGGGUCACCUUCGAUGUGACUGAAACUGUGCGGGAGUGGCUUAUAAACAAAGGAUCCAAUAUGGGUUUGGAAAUCAGUGUGCAUUGCCCCUGCCAUACCUUCACUUCAAACGGUGACAUCAUUGACAACGAGAGCGAAGUUCUGGAGGUGAAGUUUAGAGGUGUUGAUGGAGAUGAGGAGCAGAGUCGCUUAGAUCUGGAUAACCUGAAGAAAAAUAAGGAACAACACCUUCCUCACCUCAUCCUCAUGAUGAUCCCACCCGACCGCCUGGACACUCACUCCAGUCGCCGACGCAAAAGAGCGCUGGACACAAACUACUGCUUCUCAAACAUGGAGGAAAGCUGCUGCGUUCGCCGGCUCCACAUAGAUUUUCGCCGUGACCUGGACUGGAAGUGGAUCCAUGAGCCCAGUGGCUACGAUGCCAACUACUGCUCCGGGCCGUGCCCUUACCUGAGGAGCUCAGACACAACGCAUAGCUCGCUGCUGAGCCUCUACAACACUCUGAAUCCUCAGGCCUCCGCCGCCCCCUGCUGCGUUCCUCAGGACCUGGAGCCCCUCACUAUACUCUACUACUCUGGACGGACCCCUAAGGUGGAGCAGCUGCCCAACAUGAUCGUCAAGUCUUGCAAAUGUAGCUGAGGGGACAUGAAAGACUGAUUGAGAUGAAAGAUUUCACUCGGUACAGAACAAAACCUUGUAGACUCAGAGCUGUGAUGAAUACUUAAACUGACCCUGUGGCCCGUGGCUUAGCUUUGGUUUAAACUAAAACGUCAUCUUUUUUUUUUCAUUACUUUUGCUGUUACAGAGUCACUGCUGAGUGGCGAGCUAUAGUUUUACACACUAAUCUGAUUUUAACCACAGCGGAAUAAAAUUAAUUUUAUGGUUUAUUUUUCGGCCUCCAAACUUAAUCAGGCGGUGCACAAAGUUAGAGUCUUUUUCAAUGUCAGUAGUGCAGCUUUUUUAAAUUUCUGCCCUAAAUAUUAAAUCUGCUCCCCCGAACGGUCAGAUUUCUUAUUGGCUGGUCAUUUUGUUUAAACUUUCCUUAAGUUCCCUUCUCUGUAGACGGUGGGCAUUAUCUUCAAACACAAAAGGAGAAAGGACAGACUCACUGCUGUAUCCAAAGCCAUAGCUGUGGUCUGGGGAAAGGAGAGCUGAGUGAGAAUGCCUGUUGGAUUUGCAAUGGAAAGGCAAUGAACAAAGAAAUUGAGCCAAGCUUUUCUCUUUUGGCCAGCCAGCAGCGGUGGCCCUUUUAUUUUUGGUGCAUCUAUUAGAGCGGAUGGACAGGAAAGAAGAAAAGGGGACCUGAAUUGGAGGGAAGGAUUGUGUUGGAAACUAGCCACGUGUGCGCUGCCAUUCACUGGAUGUUUUCAUUCCUCACAGGUUCAAAUUUUUUUUUUUCUCCUCGAACAUCAAAGAAUUUACUGGAAGAGAGCAAGUGUUACGCAACGAGUUUUUAUGAGAUUUCUUUUACAUUAAUAGCAGAUUUUUUUUCUGUUAUGUAACGUGUCAUAUAGUGAUUGUUUCACUAACAGGAGAUAAAUGACCCCUAUGGUCAUUAUCCACAACAAAAGCCAUUUUAUACUAUAUUUUACCUAAGGUACUGUUACAUUGUAAUUUAAAGAUAUUGUGCAACCUUUUUAUCUGUAUUAGAAAAGCUUAGUCUGUCGGUUUGUAACCCGGGUUAAAAUCCAGCACCUUUGCUGCAGUAAUUCGAGAAAAUGUAAGCUUGCAGCUCAGAAAGUGCAAGGUGUAGAAAUAAAAACAUAGGCCACAUAAAUCUGUCCUCAGUUUGAAUUUGAGUUUGCUCUACCGUUAAAACAACAAUAAAAUGUCCUUUUGAACUAUGCACUAAGUCUGAAAAUGGCUGUCUUUCACUUGUGCCGUUUUUAGUGAGACCUGCUUAGGUAUGGUGUGUUCACCGAUAAGAAAAAUAAAUCUGCCAAUGUCAUCGGCAGCCAAUUUCUCUGUGCUUUAUUAAAGCUGAUCGUUUUUGCA